AUGUAUAUAAACAGUGUCACGCAAGCUGGUAUGACGGGACAAGUUCAAUACGUUGUGUUACCCGCUCAUUCUAGCGUGUCACAAAUAAGGCCUGUAUUACAAGGCCAAGGUUAUGCCGGGCAAGCGGUACCUCAAACUGCCUCACCGCAGCAAUACCAAAGUUACGUAGUUUCUCCAACACAAACGCCUUAUCAACAAUUUCCUUACGGUGCCAUAUCCAAAGAUGUCACGUUAUCCGUUAUUCAACAACACCGACGUUCUCAAACACCACCCACCCCUCCCCAGACUGGGUCACCUGUCGUUGCAAGUCAGUUCUUGCAGCAACAGCAGUUGACGCUGUCUUCGCAAAUCCCUGCACAAUCUCCGCAACAAUCACACACCUCCCCAUACCAGCAACAAACGACCUCACCCCACACCCCACAGCAAGUUAUGCGACCUAUGGUACCAGUAGUCAUUCAAGGAGGUCGAGGAGUUACUAUGGCAACUGCUGUUGGACAGCAAAACCCAAUCCCUUCACAAUACCCACAGCCUCCAGCCCAUGUACAAACACAGUACCCAUCUAACCAGAGGCGAAUGUAA